AGCUUAGUAUUUUCCAAUACAUGAGAUUCUUUGAACUUUGAGCCUUCGACCAUUGCAUUGAUCCCGCCGUCACACUAACCGCCAAGCCAACCUCCCAAACCAUAAUUACACGACAACAGCACUACGAAACCAAAAAAUUUUUAGAAUUUUCUAAGCAUUUUGAGAAAAUCUCAAAUUUUGGAUUAGUAAAUGCUUUUAGUCAUCCGGGCAAUUUAUUCUUGGUGCUCUAAUCGAAAAGAUCCUGAAUUCCAAAGAUACCAUUUGGAAUACCAUCGAACACCUUUAGCAACACCCGCGAUGCAAGAUUUGAAGGUCCUUCACUUAUAUGUUGAUGAUACGGGCUUGGAAAGCUACUAUCACGUCCUUGUUGAUAGCAAAUAUUUCAAAUACAUCUCUAUCGAUUCGGGUGUUUACGAUGUCGAAGAUCUAGCCUUUCCUCAAGCUCUGGUCUCCAAGCUACCGAACCUCCCGUCAGGUGAAUGGAACCUUGGCCAUAUCGCUAAAAGUGAGGAUGACAUCUCCCCUCACUUCGCUUGGACGAUCCAGAGAACCUUCUCCAGUAUCCAGCACACUUGGCACUUGGUAUAUGUUGACUAUCUCUCACAUACCAUGGUUAAAAUUCUAUUACCCAACGUCUAUGAAGUAACCACACCCAGAUUCCAUGUCCCAGUCAUCGUCAAGUUCGCUCGAUUCCCAUGGGAGAUAGACUACUACGAUCAGGAAACGCAAGCUUACUCGUGGAUUGAAGGGCACGAUAUCGGACCCAAGUUCCUCGGGCAUGUAACCGAGGGCGAGAGGGUGAUCGGUUUCCUACUUCAGAAAGUGUAUGGACGUCAUGCUGGACAUACUGAUUUGCAGCUUUGUCGCACUGCGGUAUCAAAUCUACACGGCCUUGGAAUCCACCACGGAGAUUUGAAUAAACACAAUUUUCUGGUGCAGCCGUCUCGCGCAUAUCUGAUCGAUUUCGAAUCCUCUAGAAAGGUUGAUGAUCAACAGGCGUUGAUUUCAGAGCUGGAAAGCCUGGAAGGGAAUAUUUGCAGUGACUCGAGAAGAGGAGGGAACUACACCGACUUCCCGCAGCCCCAGAGCUAGAAGUAUCACAGCUACAAAUCAGUACGGAACGUUCCAAAAGUGGUACAAAGAUCUUCUGGCCGGUCUGGCCGUCAAAGAAAAUGGCUCAACACUGCCCCAAGUUCCCACUGCAUGUAUACUGUCACACCUGCGUCAUCGGCUUCUCACCCUCCUUCCUCCACUUCUCCUUCACCCAACCUACGAAAACGUGCACACAGCCCAUUUAGGAAACUGGUCUCGCCCUCGCACAUGGGUUGGAUAUCACGGCCUUUAUAGACAACACGCU